GUAGGAGAAAUGGGAGAACUAUCAACACUAUGAAAGCGAAAAGUGUUAUGUUGAUUGAUUUCAUAAUUAUCGUUUCGCACUGCAGCAUCCAUAUACAGCGCAUGUUGAGCAUGCUUGAAAUAAUGGAACCAGGAAGCAGAAGAUGGAAAUGGAAAUGGGCACUAAUGUGAGAGAAUUCGCUUGUUAAACUAUUAGGAGGUCGACUGGGGUGAAAGAUUUUCAUACUUCUUGAUAUGGUUAAAACUUUUAGCAGAAAACUUUUAAGCUUGACUGCGUGCGAUUUAAGAAUAUAUUUCUCACAAGUU